CCCGGCCCCCGCGCCGCCGCACUGCAUGCUGGGAGUCGUAGUCCCGGUUUGCUUUGCCCGGAGGGAUCGAAGGGCAUCGGAGUCCAGCUUGCCCUCGAGCUACUAGAGGUCGCGUUCUUCCGCUGCUCCCUUUCGUUCUGUCGGGCGGAGCCUUCCGUGAGCACGGCUGGAUUUGUCUGUGCUACCGUCUCUCUUCUGGGUUUCAAUAAAGUUUUCCUCUUCCUUCCCCUGUACGGAGCUCAAGAUGGCGGCCUCUUGGUCGCCCUUGGUUACCUUGCGCUUAGCGCCGAGCCGGCUGAGAGGAAGAUGUGUCCGGUGCAGGGCUUGGGCCGCUGCUCUCCCCACUUCGGUCACCGCCCCUGGAAACCCUUUUUGUAAAGCCUAUACAGUUCAGACAGCCAAGAGUAUGUCUUCAACUGCUGCUACAGAGGUUUAUUCAAAAGCUUUAGCUGUUUGCCAUGGACCACUGGACCACUAUGACUUUCUGAUCAAAGCUCGUGAGCUAAAGGACGAUGAACAUCAAAGAAGAGUCAUACAGUGUUUGCAGGAAUUACAUGAGGACCUUAAAGGAUACAGUAUAGAGGCAGAAGGCCUUUUUUCUAAGCUUUUUUCAAGGAGCAAACCUCCAAGGGGCCUGUAUGUUUAUGGAGAUGUUGGUACAGGGAAAACAAUGGUGAUGGACAUGUUUUAUGCUUAUGUGGAAAUGAAGAGGAAAAAACGGGUUCAUUUUCAUGGUUUCAUGCUAGAUGUUCACAAAAGAAUACACCGCCUUAAACAGAGUUUGCCAAAAAGGAAACCAGGAUUCAUGGCUAAAUCAUACGAUCCAAUAGCUCCUAUAGCUGAAGAAAUCAGUGAAGAAGCAAGUCUUUUAUGUUUCGAUGAAUUUCAGGUCACUGACAUUGCUGAUGCCAUGAUUCUGAAACAGCUUUUUGAAAAUCUGUUCAAAAACGGGGUCGUCGUUGUGGCAACAUCCAACAGGCCACCGGAAGAUCUCUAUAAAAAUGGACUCCAAAGAGCUAACUUUGUACCAUUCAUAGCUGUCCUGAAGGUCUCUAAGGCAAUGGGAGAGUGGAAUGCAUGUAUUUGGGCAAUGCUGUAUUUCUUUCUGGAAUACUGUAAUACUGUCCAGCUAGAUUCUGGGAUAGAUUAUCGGAAAAGGGAACUUCCUGCUGCAGGAGAACUCUACUACCUAGUCUUCUCCAUUCAUAUCAGUCCUACUUCUGACACUAGUGCAUGGUGUCACAGUGGAGCCAUGAUGGUAUUGAAGAGAAGAUACCAUACAGCACAAGUGAAGCUGAUGUGGAGGCUGUCAUGGAUAAGUUGUUUGAUGAGCUGGCUCAGAAACAAAAUGAUUGUACUAACUAGACCAAGGAUUCUAAAAGUGCAAGGCAGAGAGCUGCGGCUGAAUAAAGCCUGUGGAACCAUUGCCGACUGCACAUUUGAAGAGCUAUGUGAGAGACCACUUGGAGCCAGUGACUAUUUGGAACUGUCAAAGAAUUUUGAUACAGUAUUUUUACGAAACAUUCCACAAUUUACCCUGGCAAAGAGGACCCAAGCUCGGAGAUUCAUAACUCUCAUUGAUAACUUUUAUGAUUUCAAGGUGCGCAUAAUUUGCUCUGCAUCAACUCCCGUAUCAAGCUUAUUUUUGUAUGAACAUCAUGACAGUGAGUUGGAGCAAAGCAGAAUACUGAUGGAUGAUUUGGGGCUGAGCCAGGUUGUUGUUUUGUUUUGUUUUUUGGUAACCAGGACUCAGCAGAAGGACUCGCCAUGUUUACUGGAGAAGAGGAAAUCUUUGCAUUUCAGCGCACAAUUUCCCGACUCACAGAAAUGCAGACUGAACAAUACUGGAAUGAAGGGGACAGAAGGAAGAAGUAGCCGUCACUUUUGCAUGAAUAAAACUCUGGGCAAAUCAUUACCGCAGGGAGAACUCUUUAUUAUGGGACUUAAAGGAAUCAUUUUCUCAUCAUUAAUUAAGCACUUUGUCCUCUGGACCAUUUUUAUCUAAAAUUGCUGUCAAAGAUGUAGUGGAUUAGUAAGUUAAAGCCAUUUUUAGGUCUACUUUUUGCCUAUUUAUUUGGCCUUAUUUCUGCACCACAAAAUUAAAAUCAGCACUUCUGAAGUUGAAUGUAGGACUAGGCAUUUUGGUUUCAUGUUAAGCCACCUGAAUGAACCUUGAACACACACACACACGGUAAAUGCAGGGUGUCGGGAAAUCUCUAAGCUUUGGCUACAUGGUAGCCGCACAAUAGAAACACAUCUUUAUGAGAGGGGAAGAAAAAACUCUACAUUUCAAUUAAAAACAAGGAAAGUUUUAUGAUCUUAUUUCUUUUCUUUUUCCCCCAUGGUACUUUAUAUGACCCUGGCUUUUCUUUUUAAUAAACAUCUUUAUUGGAGUAUAA